AUGAGCCAACUUCUUACUCCCAGACAAGCAGGAGAACUUCACAAAGCCAUUAUCGCAUACCUAUCAUCGAUCAACGUGAAGAGCACAGCUAUAUUACAAGAAGAACUCUUCAUCGAUGGAACUUUCGAAGAUGCCACUCGCAAGAAGUACGAGGGGCUAUUAGAACGCAAGUGGACGUCCAUCAUGCGCUUGAACAGGCGGAUACAAGAGUUGGAAGCCACCAAUGAAAAGCUAGAGACUCAACUCCAAUCCGCUGGGACUGUCAGGUCCCAUCAUGACUCGACCAACUGGCUCCCAGAUGCCCAGCCAAGACAUGCGCUCCAAUCUCAUCGAGACGGCAUCACAUGUAUGGCUUUUCACCCGGUCUAUUCAUCCCUGGCAUCUGGAUCUGAAGACUGUACCAUCAAGAUCUGGGACUGGGAGUAUGGCCAGUUGGAGCGAACGCUCAAAGGUCACAGACGACCAGUUCUGGGACUGGACUAUGGAGGCCCCAAGGACCAGAUACGACUGGCGUCUUGCUCGAGUGAUCUCACCAUCAAGAUCUGGGAUCCGAGCAAUGAGUAUGCUAAUGUUCGCACGCUGUGUGGCCAUGACCAUUCUGUUUCUGCUGUGCGGUUCUUGACUCCGAAUGGGAACUUGUUGGUUUCUGCUAGUCGGGAUGCGUCGAUUCGCAUUUGGGAUAUGUUGACUGGGUAUUGCGUCAGGACAAUAGACUCGCAGGGUGAGUGGAUCAGAGACAUUGCACCAUCUCUAGAUGGGCGCUAUGUUGUCUCUGCGGGCAAUGAUCGAGCGGCUACCAUCUGGGAAGUUUCGUCGGGAGAUGCUGUGGCACGGUUAUUGGGGCACGAGAACAAGAUUGAAUGCUGUGUUGUUGCGCCAACUGCAAGCCAUGAGUAUCUUGCUACUUUGGGGCCGAAGAAGUCGCACGAAGAAGGGUUGUUUGUUGCAACUGGGUCUAGGGACAGUACCAUCAAGUUGUGGAAUGAAAGAGGGCAGCUCAUAAAGACAUUGGCAGGCCAUGAUACUUGGAUUCGAGGGCUGGCUUUCCAUGGAAAGUAUCUGCUUAGUGUCAGUGACGAUAAAACCAUUCGAUGCUGGGAUUUGUCCCAAGAUGGGCGGUUGGUGAAGACGGUCAGAGGAACCUCUACGCAGUUCUUGAGCUGUAUUCGUUGGGGCCCUAGUUUAUUACGGUCUGGAGGAACUUCUCAUGUGCUUGCGAUUGGCAGUGCAGACUCUAAUGUGCGGGUCUGGAUGUGA